AUGAAGUCGACACUAGCAUCUACCGCUGCAAAAUUAAACCGGGUCCUUUCCGGUCCCCGUAACCAGUUUCUGUCACAGAGACUUGCCUCUGCCUCAACAACUGGUCGAAGAGGCGAUCCUGCCGCUCAUGCAGUUGAGCCUGAGGAAGUAGAUGCUACGGAGGCGGUGUUGGAUGAAAAACUGAGGCACUUACCGGAGAAAGAAUUAAUCAAAGAACCAUACGUGGCUCCAAAAUCACCAACUGAUUCGUCUCCUAAACUAGAGAGCACAGGAGUGAACGAGCGAAUUGAUCCCAUCACCCAACAGAAGCGGUGGAACAGUUCAACAAUAGAAGACUUGAACUGCGCAGGUUUGGACGGGAGCCCGUGGCCGGAAGACACAAGGGAGCAAAGUAAAGAACAAAUGGAAGAUGAUAGGGAAUACUUGAAGCAUCACAAGGCUUCUCCCUUAUCGGAGAUAGAAAUAGCGGAUACAAGAAAGCCGAUAACAAGAGCCACAGAUGGGACUGUGCAGGAUUAUGCUGUGGGUUAUGACAGUGAGGGGGUGGUGCUGUGGCGGCCGGAGCAGAUUGACACGGCCGAGGAUUCUCUACGUCGAGCAAUGGAGAUAUUUAGGGAGAAUGCGAUUAGGGGUGAUCCUGAUUCUCCCCAUGGUAGGGUGGAUGUGCUGGCGGGAAGGGUAGAUUUGGCGGGGAGGGCAAUGGUAGUAGGACACGUUGACGGAGUGAGGAUGGAUAUGGUUGUGGGGAGCCCCUUAGUCCAGUUGCAGUGCAAUGAUGGUGUGCUGAGGGAAUACUUGAAGCAUCACAAGGCUUCUCCCUUAUCGGAGAUAGAAAUAGCGGAUACAAGAAAGCCGAUAACAAGAGCCACAGAUGGGACUGUGCAGGAUUAUGCUGUGGGUUAUGACGGUGAGGGGGUGGUGCUGUGGCGGCCGGAGCAGAUUGACACGGCGGAGGAUUCUCUACGUCGAGCAAUGGAGAUAUUUAGGGAGAAUGCGAUUAGGGGUGAUCCUGAUUCUCCCCAUGGUAGGGUUCUCAGGGCUCUUCGUGGUGAAUAUUGGUGA